AGUCGCAACAUCUCUCCCCACAUCAAUCACCACCAUGUCCGACUUUGAUUCCGCAGCCAGCACUCCAGCGCCUACAGGCCAUCGGCCAUCAAAGCGGAGACGAGUUUACGAUGAUUCCGAGGCCUCUACGCCGCGAUACAGCUCCCCGGAUGAGCUUGGAGACCACAAACCACAUCGAUCCUCGAAGCUGAAGACGCGGCAAGACCUGGGAAGCCGUCGCAGAUCGCGCUCCUCAGAUGGGAGUGUUGAUGAGUUGGAUCACACCUAUCACGGCCGAAAUCGAAGCCGCUCAAGCAGUACAGACUCUCAUCGCUCGUCGCAUUCCUCACCUGACGCUCUCUCCCCGCCGGUGUAUAAGCCUCUCAAGCUUAAUUACAAGCAGAAAUUUAUUCUGAAGGGUCACCGCAAGGGUGUUGCGCAGGUGCGCUUCUCGCCAGAUGGGCGGUGGAUAGCAAGCUGCUCAGCGGACAGCACAAUUAAGAUUUGGGAUGCCGUCACAGGGAAGCAUAUGAGAACUCUUGAAGGGCAUCUGGCUGGUGUUUCGACGAUAGCUUGGAGUCCAGAUUCGAAUACAAUUGCUUCUGGGUCUGACGAUAAGACUAUUAGGUUGUGGCACAGAGCAACUGGGAAACCGUACCCUGCACCGCUAUUGGGUCAUCACAACUAUGUUUACUCGCUGGCAUUUUCUCCGAAGGGUAAUAUGCUGGUGAGUGGGAGCUAUGAUGAAGCUGUGUUUCUCUGGGACCUGCGAGCGAGGAGAUUAAUGAGGAGUUUACCUGCGCAUUCAGAUCCAGUUGGUGGGGUAGAUUUUAUCAGAGAUGGCACUUUGGUGUGCAGUUGUUCUACUGAUGGCCUCACUCGAGUCUGGGACACUGCGACAGGCCAAUGCCUCCGAACUCUUGUCCACGAAGAUAAUGCUCCGGUUACCACCGUCCGCUUUUCUCCCAAUGGCCGUUAUAUCCUCGCAUUCACACUCGACUCGUGCAUACGUCUAUGGGAUUACGUCUCAGGCACAUGCAAGAAGACAUAUCAAGGCCAUGUCAACAAAAAGUACUCUCUAGGGGGUGCAUUCGGCGUUGGAGGGACAGAAGGAUUCAUUGUUUCCGGAAGUGAGGAUGGCGAUAUCGUGUUCUGGGAUGUCAGAACCAAGGACAUGGUCCAGAAAGUCAGUGGACAUGAGGGGGUUGUUCUUUGGGUUGACACUUGUCCUGGCGUGAGCGGGAAAGUUGUCAGUGGUGGUCUUGAUGGAACCGUGAGGAUAUGGGUUGACGUGAAUGAGGAUGAAGUCGAUAGUAGUGUGAAUGGAGUGAACACUGCACCAGUAGAUGCUGAUGCCACAGAGGACGAGCCAAUGGAGGAGGUGAAAGUUGAGAAUGGCGACGAGCUUGAUACCCCAAGAGAGGCGAGUGUUGACCGUGAAGAAACUCGCGAAAGAGAGCUCGAGGCGAGUCCGGAACCGAUGGAUGAGGACUAACUCCUUAAUUAGAAAGUCUUGAUAAGCAUGCCUUGUUGCAGACGCGUGUCCAUCCCAUUUCCAUACUGAAUCGCCAAGCCUUGCUUAAAGAGUUCUUCAGCCUGCAAUUGCCACUGUAACCACCCGUCAAGCGACGGAUACGUCCUAAGAUUUUCAAAAUUC